UAUAAGUUGAUUGAACAGAUCCAAUAUCUGCAGAGGGUUAUAUAUAUAAAAUAAAAGUAUUUGUUCGGAGUAAAGUACGAAUAGAACUAUAUAACUGGAGGCACCUCGGUUGCGUGGGCGCUCCACUAUGUAAUGGCUGCUUGGAAUAUAUUUUCGGCAGUAAAGCAUUUAAAAAUUGUGCAAUGCUAUGCGAAAGAUACCGCAAACAUUCCUAGGGCAACCGGUUCGCCGCCUACAACAUCAACCACCACCACCACCUCCAACCAUCGAGUGAAUGUACAACAACAAAGAGAAGCACCCGCAACCGGAACUCACACUCCCAGCUGUAGCACAUCUUGUGCCGGUUGCCUAAAUACAUUGCAUCUUAGUCACGAAGAAUUCGUCAUUGCAUUGGGCCAAGAGUGGCACAGCGAUUGUUUUCGUUGCUCGGUUUGUGAUGCACAUUUACACAACUGGUAUUUUGAAAAGGACGGACUACUCUUCUGCCGUGACGAUUAUUAUCAACGCUUUGGCGAAUGCUGCCAACAAUGUAGUGCCAUCAUAACUGGUCCGGUAAUGGUAGCUGGCGAUCAUAAAUUUCAUCCGGAAUGCUUUUGUUGUAGCUCAUGUGCUGUGUUCAUUGGUGAAGGUGAAGCAUACGCGUUGGUCGAGCGUUCAAAGCUCUAUUGUGGAAAUUGUUAUAAGCAACAAGAAACACGCGCGGUAACUGCAGCUGACCCCCUCUGUGCUGGCGUUGGUGUUGGUGGUGCGGGCAGCAACAGCACCAGUAAUGCAUUGGGCGGCAAGGCUAAACCCAUACAUUCCAUACGCCUAGUGGAGAUACCGAAGGAUGCGACACCGGGUCUGCGCUUGUCAGUCGAUAAUGUGAGCGUACAACGACAUUAUUUGGGCAGUGGCAGUGGUAGUGGUAGUACUGGUGGAUUUCGUACACACUCGCCCACACAUGCCAAGCGCUUAGACGGUCCACUCGAAAUUUGUCCGGCCGUGCGCAUAUCAGAAUUCAUUUGUAGAAUAUAUGGUCGCGUUGGGAAAUAUGUUUUCUCCUUUAUAACAUCGGUUAUUGACCAGUGUUGUGGUAGCGAUUAUAGAAUUGACGUAAACUUAGCCAACCUACACAUUGGCGAUCGUAUAUUGGAAGUAAACGGCACACCAGUCAACGACUCCUCUAUCGAACACAUCGACAAAUUGAUACGCAGUACAGAGAAAAUUCUCCAGCUAACGGUCGAGCACGAUCCUGUGCAGGUGUGUCGCAGCUGCAGCCAAGCCGACAUACUCCAUCGGCCUACAUCGUACGGUGAUUUACCUCCAUUGGCCACAUCCGCAUCAAGCAUUGAAGUUUACGGUCGUCGCAGCGUAACAGAGUCGCUCACUGGCAGCACAAGCACCAGCACAAUCGCGCCGCAGAGCAACAGCAGCGAUUGCGGCAGUGGCGGCAGCUCACCCACACGCCUCACCAAGCAGGAUAAAGAGCGUAUAUAUAAGCGGAAGGAUGAGGGCUAUAUAAGCGGCACAAAGACACGCCAGUUGCGGAAAUGCAAGAAUAUGAAUAUGAUUGGUAGUGAUCAAUCACCAUUGACGCAUACUGGUUCCACACAUUCCAUAGGCCCCACCGCCACUAGCGUAGUUAGUACUGGAGGCUGCGUUACUGCGAUUGGUAGCGGUGCCGCAAUUUCGACUGACUCUACACAACUGGGUAUGCGUUUGCGUGAAAAGGAACGCUGUUCGAGCAUGUCCAAACUUUUAGAUGAACAACAUGCGCCCGCUGAACAAAUCUAUGAUUUGUCACGCACCAAAUCUUUUCGCGUAGAACCCAAACCUCAACGUAUCUUUCGCGCAUCCGACCUUGUCUUGGGCGAACUACUCGGAAAGGGAUUCUUUGGUCAAGUGUACAAGGUGACACAUCGCCUCACAAAAGAGGUGAUGGUGCUCAAGGAACUGUACCGCGUCGACGAAGAAGCGCAGCGUAAUUUCCUCAAAGAAGUUGCGGUGUUGCGUUCGUUGCAUCACAAAAAUGUGCUGCGCUUUAUUGGCGUGCUCUAUAAGGAUAAAAAGUUGCAUUUGGUCACUGAGUACAUAGCAGGCGGUUCGCUCAAGGAGCUCAUACACGACUCGGGGUUGCCGUUGACGUGGCCGCAACGCGUCUCAUUCGCCAAGGAUAUUGCCUGUGGCAUGAGCUAUUUGCACCGCAUGAAUAUUAUACAUCGCGACCUGAAUUCGUUAAAUUGUCUUGUGCGCGAGGACAAGUCGGUGAUAGUGGCUGACUUUGGGUUGGCGCGUAUCAUCACAGCGCCUUACUAUAGCGCGGGUAGCGGCGCAGUUGUGGGGUCUGGUGGAACGCUGACUAGCAAUAGCAGCAGUGAGCGCUGGUCGGGCGGCGCUUGCCUGAGUCCAAACGGCACACUGGGGCGCAGCAAGAGUCGACAGCGGAGGCAGCGCUACACGGUUGUGGGCAAUCCAUACUGGAUGGCGCCGGAAAUGAUGAAAGGACUGAAGUACGACGAGAAGGUGGAUGUGUUCUCGUUUGGCAUUGUGCUGUGCGAGAUAAUUGGACGCGUUCAAGCCGAUCCAGAUUUCCUGCCGCGCACCUCCGAUUUCGGCUUGAAUCAGAAAGUGUUCCGCGAGAAAUUUUGCCAACAGUGCCCAGAUGCAUUUUUUAAAAUCGCCUUUCUUUGCUGUGAUCUCAAUCCCGAUAAAAGACCGUCCUUCGAAAUACUCGAAAUUUGGUUGGAAAGUCUGACGGCCUCCAUUGCCGUUAAUCAGCUGCUGCCCGCCGAGCUGCUGUACGAUAUCGAAAACUACCAGGGUACCAUAAGCGUCAGCAGCACGCCAGAUGCCAUGCUCACACCCAAGUCAAAUCGUAGCCGCGAUGAUCUGGACGAUUUGGGAAAGCAACGUAAACAAACGCCACCUAAAGCUGAGACACCCGUUGUUGCUGUGACACAACCGACUAUAAGCGACCAAAGCCUGAAGGAGGAAACCGAUUUCAAUGACUCCUCAAAAAUGGAAGGCAAGGAGAAUGCGGUUAUAUUACGCAGUGAGAUGCCGAAAUCGCCGCACUUGGGUAAAGAUUUCUCUCCUACUGGUGAGCGCAUAAGAGAUAGCAUGCGCGCGCGCCGCCGUCAGCGGCUCAUGCAUGCCGCACAGCAACGCGGUUUGACGCCGGAAAACAAGUGUACCGAUCGCGUAUUGGAAGCGGUAAAACAAACAUUACAAAACGGCGCGCGUGGCGUAGCGCCACUAAACAGCUGCAAUGGUGGUGCAAAGAAAAGUAGGCCAUAUGGGGAGAAAGGGUUUCUAUUGGACAUCAAUCGCGAUGGUGAUUUGCGUCUGAAUAAUGUCAAAGACUUGAACUAUUGCUCAGAUUUUGACUCCAGCUGCGACACGAGCCUCAACUAUCACGAGAUAAAUGCGCCUAAUGAUAUGAAGACAAUGGAGAGUGAAAUGCCUGUUGCGCAUUCAAUAAAUCGGCCAGCGGUUUUAAGCGAAGAAGAUUCCGAGGAAGUACAAAGCGGCGGUGACGAGUUGGUCAAAGAAGUGCUAAAACAAGCAGCGCUUUUGACGUUAGACACUGAAAUGCAGUUGAGUGACGAGCUACCGACUCGCGCGCAAUUACCUGCUGCGGAUGCACCCUCAUCCAGUACCGCCAGCUCACCAGUCGCCAGUGAAGUGGUCGAUGCCGCGACUCUGAGCACUAUGCAGCAAAUUCAGAAAAAGAUCGCCGCGAAAUCAUACAAAACUGCGCUCGAUGAUAUACGUACUAAAUUGAAUUUGUGUCGCAAUAAAUUCGAAACUCUUGAUGCGGCAAAUCGGCGCAAUUUUAGUAAUUCGCAAAACUCAAUGAAAACCUUCUUUAAAUCGCGUGCCUCACGCUCUAACGUUACGAGCCCCACAGACCCUACAAGCGUAAGCGAAAAUGUAUACAAAACGCCACCGGAGGCAUUGAAAAUGUUCCAGCGCCUGGAAGCGGCCAGUGCUGCUUCUACGCCGGUCGGCACACCGUCCAGCGAGCAUGAGCGCCUGCCCGGGCAGAGUGUUGGCGUCCUCAGCAGCAGUGCCAGCACCUAUCGCAUCAAUCAAACGCCGAUUUUCGGCCGCAAGCAACCGUCUAAGCCAGUCGAACUGUAUACGCCGCACUCUGAAUCGUUGGAAAAUCUACACAGUAGCCUGCCGCCCAUGACAGCGUCAACACCAGUGACCGCGCGCAAAGAUAAAAUCAGUGCAGGCGGCAGCGGUAAGCGCGCGAAGUCCCCCAAACGUCCAGUUAGCACAUUCCGUAGUUACCUCAAUGAAGCGCAAACGGAGGAAGAGGCGAAUGUGGCCGCGCGGCAAGCCACAUCGAUGGUGGUGCCAACUGCCACAACGGCGUCGGCGGUGGAAACAACGCCGAAAAAGAAUCGCCGCCUCAAUAGCGGCAAAGAGAGUACAAAUGAACAACGUUGGGAGCUGGAGAAGCCCGAGAAGACGACGCCUACAACUAAAAGUCCUGCUGCUCGUAUUUUUGGUUUGCGCAGCUCAGCGAAGUCGUCAACUGCGUCAUCGGUGGCGACGACGGCGGCACGUGAAACGACGCAACGGCGCACACUUUCACCCACAAAGGCCAGCGAUGCGCGUCGACUGGCGAGCAGACAAGAAGUGCAAAACACAGCACCAGCAACACAACAGCCACGCCUGCGUCAAAGCCAUGCCAACAGUAGUAAUCAGCACAGUAACUAUGCAACAACCACUCCUGCCGCGCAUGUCGCCGGCGCCAAAAGCACAACAAGGCUCACCAUACUCAGCCCCGAGAAAGUGCAUCGCCUCAAUGCAAAGCUUACCGAUCAAAAGGCGAAGAAAGUCAGCGAUAUGAAAGCUACAGUCGUGAACAGUACGGCGACGGCGGCGGCGGCAAACACAGCAAACAACAACGCUGAACAGGCGCUACAGCUGGAACGGCGUAAGCGCAAGCAAUUAUCCACGCGGUAUUGAGCUAAUAUUUUGAAAAAAGAAAAAAAAAAACUACACAAAUACACUAACCCUGACGCAAGUCGAGCGAAAGCAAGAAAGCAAUGAAUAAGAUAAUAAGAAUAAAGCGAAUUUUACUAUAAGAUAACGAAAUGAAACGAAGAGCUUGUUGAAGGCACAAUAGCCAUGGAAGGGGGGAAAAGUGUAGAAAAAAUUAUUAUUUACCUUCUUUGCUUUUUUUUUUUGAGAUUAUUGCUCACCGAUAAACCAACUGAAUAAUCGAAUAAUGCCAGAGCGCAAAUUGAAUGCAAUUAUUAGAGACUAGUAAAGAAAUAAAAAUAGGUUAGGUUUAAGAGAAAGCAUAAAAAGACGAAAUCGCAUUAAGAUGAGCGCAAGAAAAAUUUAAAUAUUGUAUGUUUUUUCAAAUGUGUGAGCGCAGGUCAUUAUUUCGACACGACCGCAAUGCGAGCACCAAACGAUGAAUGUAAAAGUAUAAAACUUUAUUAAACAAUUUAAAUUUACUAAACAAAAAAGUAAAAACUGUAAAACUAAAAAAUUAUUAACAAUUAAUUGUUAAUGGGAAAAGUGCCUAAAUACAAAAAAUACGUAGGAAUAUUACGCAAACUGCUUUUUAAUUAACCAAUGUACUAAGGAAAAAUAAAACAAAAAAAAAUGCGAGUAAUGGCGAAAUGAAAGACGACGUGCAGAAAGUACUAAAUCAAGUAAACGUUUCUUAACUUUUCGCUUUACAAAUUUAUACGAAAAUGCUAGGAAAACAUACAAACAAUUAUAAAAAAAAUAUAUUCACUACCUCACAAAAUACUAAAUACUAAAUACUUGACGACAUGUACUAAAAAAAAACUUUACUAAAAAACAGUUACACUAAAAUUGCCACUAAAUUUUCGUGCUUUUUAUUUGCUUCCAACUGCAAAGCGACUUGCUGCUACGAAGUAUGUAAUGUAUGAGAUGUAGACAUUUGAUUUUCCUUAAUGUACCGCCAACCACCUACACUAGAGUGCCAUUCUGAGUAAACGAAAAAUAGUUCUAAAAACAAAACUUAGCGCAAAAAGUUAUUCUAAAUACGAUUUGGAAGCGCACAUACUAAAGUCUAUUAUUAAAGAUAAUCAAAUAAAGGCAUAAAAAAUGCCUAAAAUUAUUGUCAUUAAUACGAAAACGCAUGAAAGUCUUAUAAGCAAUUACGCGGAGUUGUUAAUUUGAGGUUAUGUAGCUGAAGUAGCACUAAAAAUUGUCAAAAGCCAUUUCAACUUGAAUUUUCGACUACUUACUCUCACUUUUAUGCUGGAUAUUUAUUAAAUAACUUUCUAAAAACGCUUUGAUUUUUUUUUUAUAUUUGAUUAAUAUUUCAUACCACAGUUUUUUAUCACUUUGGUUUUGUCAGAAUUUUUUUUAUUUAAAACAUAUAAAGACUUAAAAAACUACUAAAUUUUUUUUACAUCUCGUAUUAAUUCUAUUUUAGCAUUAGCGUAUUUUUUUAAGAAUAAAGAAAAUAAAAACUUAAAUUCAUAUUUUAAGCGCAUUAACAGU